AUGCCUACCCGUCCAGCUCGCCGAGAGCGCCGUCGCGCAGAGCGCCGCAACGCCAACCAAGCCUUUUCUCCGAUAUUGCGCAUGCCACUGCCACCACAAGGCGCAACAACCGCCUUAGUCGAUCGAACGUUCCUAACGAUCUUCAUGUCCGCUGACCCCAUCGUGCGAACUGUCAUGCGCCUCUUGCUCAUCCAGACAAGCUUCGCACACAGCCAGGUCCUGGGGUUCGAGAUAUGGAAAGAAGCACUGCGGCAGGAGAAGCCACGACGAUCUGCGCCGAACUACGCCCAGCAUGAAUACCAGAUCUUGUGCUUCGAGGCUAUCACCGAAUUGCACUAUACGCAUAUCCACGUCCUUGCGGCGCUAGAGCUGGACUAUGCGCGACAGGUCAUCAUGUGGGGUCUCGAGUGCAGCAAAGCGGAGGCGGAAUGGGAUAUGCACUUCAUCGCACGCAGGAGGCUGGAGCUUGCGCAGCUGAACCGUCUCACUUCGAAGCUGGCCCUGGCGUUUGAAGAAGAGUUGCAGGGUUUGCUGGGAAACGAGAACCUGUUCUCGUUGCAGACGGAGGGUGCCAUCCUCUUAGGAGCGCUGGAGAAAUUCAGAGACAACUUUGCACACGGCUUGGUGGUUGCGGAUGAGGAGACCUUGGCAGAUCUGGAAGUGGCGGGCUUGUAA